UGUUUAUCGAAUGUCAAAUAAAUAUAAAUACAAAAAACAAAAAUAAAUAUAAAUAAUGUCUAAAAAAGAUGAAUCCUCAUCGGACUCUUCCGAAAAUAUAAUUGAUUUCGAUAGUUCAACAGAAUUUGUGGUGGAAAAGAUUCUGGAUCGUAGAACUUACAGGGGACAUCUACAAUAUUUGGUUAAAUGGAAAAACUGUACAGAAGAAGAUAAUACCUGGGAGAUGGCUGCAAGCCUGGUAGAGCUUAUUCAGGGCUGUGAUCUUCUAAUAAAAUCCUAUGAAAAGCUACAGACUCCAUCAAGUCGCAGAGAACUUAAUAUAAUAUAUGAAAAUAAAGCCAAACGACUGAAAAUUGACCCAAGCAUAGUUUUGGAAAGUCCUUUUAGUAGAGAUUUUAAGGCUGAAGAAAUACUAAAAGGAUACAAAAACAAUGGCGAAGUCUCUUUCUUGAUCAAGUUCUGGCACUUGAAGCAACCCCAAGUAGUGCCAAGUUGCAUUGCUUAUGUGGAAAUACCCCAAAUGGUUCUGCGUUUCUAUGAAAAACACUCUGAUUUUCCAAGCUCUCAGGCUGCUUUAAGCAGUGACCAACAAUGGAAUUCAUAUUUUUCAUAAGCUUAACUAAAGUAGAAUCUCAUGAUGUUUAUGUUUGUAUUACAAAAUUUAGUUGUCAAGUUAGUUUUUUGUUUUUGUUUUUUUUAAUAUAUUUUAAAAUAAUUUUUGGCAUCAUUAAAUUGUGCCAGUUUGCUUUGA